CAGAAAUAUUUCCUGGAAGGACAGACGUACUCAGUUCCCCUCAUCCAGUCUGGUCUUCGCAGGGAAGAAGCUAUUCAUCAGAUAGCAGAUGCACUUCAAUACCUGCAGAAAGUCUCAGAUGAUAUCUUCAACAGGAAAGAAGCAUAGGAAAGCUGAACAAGGGAAAGCAGAACUGUCUGCAGCAGAAGAUGAAAGAAGAAAAGAUUUUACUUGCAAAGGUGACUGUUGCACAUGGGGUGGACAAAAUGCAGUUCUCUAGAUGCUGGCAUCAAGCGUAGCCAGUCUAGCCAGUGGAUUUCCCAACAAGUGGAGGCCAGCCGGAAACAGCUACGGGCAAUUGAUGACAGAGUCAGUCUUGCUCAAGCCAAAAUUGAGAAGAUCAAAGGCAGCAAGAAAGCUAUCAAGGUGUUCUCCAGUUCAAAAUACCCUGCUCCUGAACGAUUGCAAGAAUACUCUUCCAUUUUUGCUGGUGCUGGGAGUCCAGAUGUCCAGAAACGACAGAGACGCAAGAUUCAGAGCAAACACCGAACAUUGGAUGAGAAAUCCUUGCAAGAGAAACCAGAGUAUUUCCCAAUCUGUGUCACUACAAAAGUCCAUCAGGAAGACGAUGCUGAAGAAGGUCUUGGCAGCCUCCCCAGGAAUAUUAGCUCUCUCAGCUCCCUUCUGCUCUUUAACACAACUGAGAACCUAUAUAAGAAGUAUGUUUUCCUUGAUCCUCUGGCUGGAGCUGUAACCAAGACCCAUGUUGCUCUGGUGACUGAAACGGAGAAGCUCUUUGAUGCCCCACUCUCUAUCACUAAGAGGGGACAGCUAGAUCAGCAGAUGGCUGAAAAUUACUUCUAUGUGCCAGAUCUAGGGCAGGUGCCUGAGAUCGAUGUGCCAUCCUAUCUGCCUGACCUGCCUGGCAUUGCUGCUGAUCUCAUGUACAGUGCUGACCUAGGGCCUGGCAUCGCCCCUUCUGCUCCUGGCACUGCUAUACCAGAUUUGCCGACCUUCAACACUGAGUCUACUGAGUCCUUCCGGCAAGAUCUUCAUGAAGGAGCGCCUCCCCCACCACCUCCUCCACCUCCUCCCCCACCACCACCUGAAAUGCCCGUUGAUGCUCCACCACCCCCUCCGCCGCCGCCUCAGGCCCCACCCUUGGCUGAGUCUCAAGAGCCUGAAGAGAGAAGCGCUGCAGGGCCAUCAGCUGCUCUUCAGGGGGCACCAAAAGAAGUUGUGAACCCAUCAAGUGGCCGGGCCACUCUGCUAGAGUCUAUCCGGCAGGCUGGUGGCAUCGGGAAGGCCAAGCUCCGUAGUGUCAAGGAGCGGAAGAUGGAAAAGAAAAAGCAAAAGGAACAAGAGCAAGUGGGUGCUACAGGGCAGGGUGGGGACCUGAUGUCAGAUCUCUUCAACAAACUGGUCCUCCGACGCAAAGGCAUCUCUGGCAAAGGGCCUGCAGCUGGAGGAGACAACAAUGCUCCCAACGUGCCAGCUGGUGCCUUUGGUCGCAUAUCAGACACGAUUCCACCUCUGCCUCCCCCACAGCAACCAGCUGGCGAAGAGGAUGAAGAUGACUGGGAAUCCUAGAUGGUUGCAUUCCUCUGGCAGGGAAUUGUUUCAGUGUUGCCAAUCUGUGGCAGCUACUGGACUGAAUAAAAACAUCAGAAAGAGGGAACCUCCAGGGGAGCUUGGUAUCAGAGAAGCCCUAUCAUUCUGUCUCUUCCCUUCCCCAUUUUGGCUUUUUUCCAACUCCUGCAAUAUAUACUCAUCGGUGGACAUUAUUACUACUUAGUUUGCCUCCCUUGCCACUUACCAGCCUUCCAGUGUCAAUUAUCUCCUUCUUGUAUAUUCUGCCAGAUCUGCUGCUGGGCAGCUUGUGCUUGCCAACAAUGAGUUCUUUCCCUGGGUGAAAAGCCUCCAGUCAAGUAUGAUGUGAUACUCACAAAUCAUCAAGGCAGCUCUGGUCCAGAAGCAGCAGCCUCUGCCUCCUGCAGCAGGACUCAUCCUUGGGCUGUUUUGCUAAGUUGGUGAACUGGGAGGGAAGGACCUGAGCAGACGUUUGUUUUAUCUCUCUCAACUCCAUUCUUUUUUCCUUUUCUGUGUACAACUAGCUCAGCAAGAAAGACUGCUUGCCUCUUACAUGCAAAUGGCUCAUUGAUUAAAAGUACCUGUCAAAUGUUAAAGAACCACCUCAAAUGCUCUUAAUGAGGGAAAUGAUGCCUAAGUGCAGGCUAUUUUCUCAGGAACCACCCAUUUCAGCUAGCUUUAGCUCCACCAAGGGAAAGCAGGAGUUGACUUAACGUGAUGUCUGCAGAAAUCAAUGUAGCUACUAUGUUGUAUAAAAGGGAGCCCCCCCCCUUUAUUUUUUUAAAAAAUGACAUUGUGAGUAGCCACCACAAUUCAGCACUAAAUGCAGCUGUCAGCAUCAUGGUCUGUUCAGCAAGUUUUAGUUCAAUAUUAUAAUAGCAUACUAAAGGCUAGUUAAGUACAUAUAAGGUCCAUUUGCAAGCCAUUGUGGUGUAGUGACUUAAAUCUUGAAGACCAGGAUUCAAAUCCAGGGUCAGCCAUGCAAACCUCUGCUGAAGAAACUUGCCAAGAAAACCCCAUGAUAGGUUCACCUUAGAGUCAUAAGUUGGGAAUGACUUCAAGGCACACAACAAGGACAAUAAUUUAUAUAAAAUUUGUCAUAUGAAAGAACACUACCUCCCUACAACCCUCUCAGUCAGCUGCUGUACAGGUGUAGAAGAUAGUUUUGCCUUGGAGCAUUAGCUGUAAGAACUCCUGGCUGCUUAAUUAAGGCAGCAUCACAUACUUGCUCUGCAAACACACAAUGUCAAAUACAGCUUUAGGUACAUCUCAGGGCUAGAAAUCCUACUCAUGUGCACACAGCUAUUCAGAAAUGUGUAUUAGAAAGAUACAUUCAUGUUUGCCUGAUCCCUCCUGGAAGAUCCUUUAAAGUAUGCUGUCUUUGCUUAUGGAUAAAGAGUGGGGAACAGGUGUUUAGCACAUCCUUCCUUUUUUUUUUUUAGUUCUUACACAAAGUUAUGGUCACAAACUUUUUUGAGGCUGGAAAAGUAAAAGAAUGCUUCAUGGACCAUGUUUCCUUACCUUCACCCUGGCAUGAAGCGAGUCUGAUGGAAUACAGCCACAGACCUGGCUUGCUCUCCUGUCAGCAGGAGCCUUUGUUUAAGGUUCAGAUAAGCAGGCUGAAGCUAAGCUAAGUAAAGGGAUUCAUUAAAUUAAAACUCAGCAGCCCAGCUUAGUGGUUCAAAAGUUGAAGUGACCAUCAGUCAGUGUCCUUUUGACACACUAUGAAAUGUGUUGUUUUUUUUCUUGAACAUUCUAGCUGGCCACAUUUGAUUUCUCUUGCUUAAAAGGAUAUUUGAAAGAAGGAAGGUAGGUAAUGUGGCAGCCUUUACAAUUCGGGGAGGGGGAAAACUAAAAGCCUUGUGGAAAUCAUGAAGGUAAUGACUCCCUUGGCCUUUCAAGCAAGAUAAUUUAGGACUGAAAAAGAGGAAGAAAGCCAUCACUGGU